AUGGCUUCCUCAGUUGCUUCCAAUGGAUCACCAAUUCUUCGUCGUACAAUGGAUCGUAGCAGCCAUGAGAACUCUGGACUUGGUGACGAUACCGUUGAUAAGAUUACUACACGAAUGGCCGCCACAGCCCUUUCCACUAACAAGUUGGGCAACCAGGCCGCUCCUAAGAAGAUGAAGUUGAGCCACGAGACUUUUGUCGCCCCUGCUGCUGCACCUCCAUUCCCAUGCUCUUCUUUCGAUACCAUGCCAAACCCUGUCGAUAAGCUAUUGGCCAAGCUUUCCGAGCAACAAGCAGUUCUCAAUCGACAACAUGAAGCUCUGAGAAAUUCGGAUGACUAUGGCCCGGGAACUUCACGCACCGUUGACUACAAUUCUGCUCCUACGUCAGUCCCAAUUACACCUGCCACCGAGACUUUUGACUCGGGCACGGCUACAACUGCUCCCACUACUCGUCCUCAAAGUCGUGGCGAUGGUGACAAUCAACCCAGCGCUGAAGAGGUCCUCCGUCUAAAGUUUGAGCUUGAGGCUGCAAAGGGAAGAAUUGCACGAAUGGAUCAGGAGCUUGCACAGAACCGCAUUACAAAGCACACUAUCGAUCAAGCUAUCGGUAGUAUUUCCGAAGCUGACUUUCCCCUUGGAAAUGUCUUGGACAACGCUGCCGAUAUCCCUCAAAGCCACUUCCGUCCCCAAGUGGUGCGUGAGAGCUCCUGGGCUACUCAGGAAGACGCACACUCCGAUCAUAGUGAUGCUCUUUCUGCGAGUGGUUAUAAUCGUACUCGAGCUAUUUGGGGUAACAACAAGCCAAAUUUCCAAAAUGCUCCGCCAAUGCCUUCUUUUCAACCUUCUGAUCCACACACUACUGGACAGUGGAUGGGCCGUGGUGGCUGCAAUCAGCCCUUUGCUGAGUCGAACAUGUCGUUUGGCGGACCACCUCCAAAUUCCUUUCGUGGCGAGAGAUACGAGCAUGAUAUGUCGAUGCCAGGUGGUGGAGUCCGUCGCACUAACGGCAGCAGAUUCCAUAAUCGUAAUCUCGGUUCUGUUCCUUACUCCAGCAGCUCAAGCUCUUUCGACGGUUUUACACCGUCUUCAAGCUCGUAUGGAUCCAUGGGUGGAAUUCCAACUCCGCUAGGAAGCCAAAUGAACAUGGGUGUGAAUAUGGGGAGUGGCAUGUACUCAGGCUAUCAACCUCAGCCAAUCGGCACACCUCUGUCGCCACAUGCACCAGAGUUUACUUCAGCCAGCGGAACAUGGAAGACUGAAUCGGUCGCUAACGAAGGUCAUCAAACUUAUCUACCAACCACCGAGCCCCUGAAUUACCGUCGUCUUUUAGACCGCACUGUGAACUGCAACUGGAAGUAUAUUGUGGACAAGAUUGUCUGCAACAACGAUCAACAGGCUUCAAUCUUCUUGCAACAAAAGCUUAAGGUCGGUACAACCGAGCAGAAAUACGAUAUUGUUGAGGCUAUUGUUGCGCAGGCUUAUCCUCUAAUGGUCAACCGCUUUGGUAACUUCUUGGUUCAACGAUGCUUUGAGCACGGUACUCCAGAACAAGUCAUCAAGAUUGCGGAGGCUAUCCGUGGCAACACUCUGAAUCUGUCCAUGGAUGCUUUCGGCUGCCAUGUCGUCCAAAAGGCCUUUGAUUCCGUUCCUGAGGAUUACAAGGCCAUCAUGGUUCAUGAACUUCUUCGCAGAAUCCCAGAGACCGUUAUUCAUCGAUAUGCUUGUCAUGUUUGGCAGAAGUUGUUCGAACUCCGUUGGACCGAGUCGCCUCCUCAGAUCAUGAAGUACGUCAAUGAAGCCCUUCGUGGUAUGUGGCACGAGGUUGCUCUUGGUGAGACAGGUAGUUUGGUUGUUCAAAACAUUUUCGAGAACUGCCUCGAGGAAGACAAGCGUCCCUGCAUUGAGGAAGUCCUUGCUAGCAUUGACAUCGUCGCCCAUGGACAAUUCGGCAAUUGGUGUAUUCAACAUAUCUGCGAGCAUGGAGCACCGGCUGAUCGUAGCCGAGCCAUUGAUCAUGUUAUCCGCUAUGCCUCUGAAUAUAGCAUGGACCAAUUCGCAUCUAAGGUUGUUGAGAAGUGUCUGAAGAUUGGCGGAGUCGAUUUUCUUGGCCGUUACCUUGACCGUGUAUGCGAAGGCCGCCUUGAUCGUCCCCGCAUCCCUUUGAUUGAUAUCGCCAGUGACCAGUAUGGUAAUUACCUGAUCCAGUAUAUAUUACAACACUCCAACCCUCAACAUCGGGAAAUUGUUGCUUCUCACAUCCGCAAGCACAUGGUCUCCCUUCGUGGUUCCAAGUUUGGCUCUCGAGUUGGCAUGCUCUGCACUAACCCUGCCCUUCAAACUCGUCCAGGUCCAGGUUCUGGUCCUGCUAUCAGCAGCGCUCCACCACCACGCAUGCCACCAUCAAAUGUUCGAUAUGGUGGUACUUACCGCUAA